GUUUCUGUCCCGCUCGGGGGGGAAUCUCAAGCAAUGCCGGAUCUCCACGUCGUCAUUUCCCCAUGGUUCUCCGUGGAAAUCAAUUAUCCCUCUUGGUUUCGUGAAUCACAGCAUGGAAAGCCGCGGAUUGACCCUCCGCAGCAAGUCGCGCCGUCCACGGCCCCAGAUCAGUGCGCCGAAACCCAUCUCCGGGCCUCUCCCUCCUGGUAGUAAGGCUCUCGAUCCAAGGACCGCUCCGCAAGCUUCCACUUCGCGCGAACGCCCUCCUCAAAAAGAUGCGACAUCUGAUUUGGUAAAGAGGAGAUAUUCCACCCGGUUUAAUCAAGGCCCCGAAUUCGACGCCGCAAGCGCUCCUCCGGUGCCUAGUCUACCCAAGGUUCCGCCUCAGUAUACAGCACUGAGUCCCCCCCAGACGACCAGCAGGAGGCCCUCAACAGAAUCCUCAGGUCCACCACAAGUGGAUCUAAAUGCAUUGCGGGAUCCUAGUCUGCCGGUAGAUAAAUAUGUCGCCAACCUCCUCUCCAAUGCAACCGAGGAAGAGAUUGAAGAAUACCAGAAAAGCCUCCGGAAGGUGAAGAAUAGGACAUCUACUGAUCUCCAGCAGAAUGUAUACCAGAAUCGUACGCAGUUCAUCAAGAUCAGUAAGGAAGCGGAGAAGCUCAAGGGGGAGAUGCGCACCCUUCGGACUCUCAUGGCGGAGCUCACAACGGCCCUGGGACAGACGGCAACCGUUGGUAAUACAUCAAACCUCGUGUCUCCCACGCUAGACGAGCGCAUGACCAAGCGAAACAACCGUAGUUCGGUUGCCAACCUGGAGAGCAUGUGGAAUGUCCAACUCCAAACGUUAUGGAAGACUGUCGAAGGAUCGCAGAAGUUCUUGCCGGUGGUGCCGGGUCGACACAUCGUGAUGGAAACAGGAAAUUGGGUCGAGCUGGAUUCUGCGACCUGGAAGCCCAGGCGGCCAAUUCACAUCGUGCUUCUCAACGACCAUCUGCUCGUGGCGGCCAAAAAGCGUAAGCGCGUGGACCAAAGCAACCCGAAUCACCAGGGCCCGGUGCCCACCAAGCUUGUGGCAGAGGAGUGCUGGCCCUUGCAAGAUGUCGACAUGAUCGAUCUCGGCGCCAACCUUGGUCCGGGCGUUUCUCGCGAAGAGGCGGAAGACCGCGGUAUCAUGAAUGCUGUGAGUGUUCGCGUGGGCUCCAAACCGUUCACCUAUCGUCACGAUAAGCGAAAUAGCACCGCUAAGAUCGAUCUCCUCGCCACUUUCCGGAAAACUGUCGAAGACCUUCGCCGCACGCUCCGUUCAGAGACAGAGGCUGCAGGUAAAAACGAGUCUUUCGGGUAUUUGGGAGUCAGGCAUUCAUCCUACUCAGUGAAACCAGAUUUCAGCGCCCUGGAGAACCCACACGACACGCCCGAAGUCCGCAUUGAUGUAGAUGGAAAGCAGCAGAACCUACGGUGGGUCGAGGGCCAAGUGGACGAACUUGACAUUGAUAUCGCGCUGCAACGUUUCGAAGAAGCCGUUUCGAAUAUCGAGCGAUUGCGAAAGCUCGCCAAAGGCCUGAAAGGCAACUCGGUCGCGCAGGACGUGAUCAAUUCUAAAGUUGACGAACGAGCCGCCAAAUUGGCAGGGGUACUGUCGCGAUCCUUAAUCGACACGCCCUCGUUUUUAAAUGCCACCAAGACCAAAGUCUCCUGGCUGACCCGUUUGGGUUUCGAGAAUCAAGCCCGGGAGGCCUAUUUGACAUCUCGAACGACUGUCAUGACGAAACGAGUCAGGGCCUGUGUCUUUGAAGGCGACCUCCCCCUCUAUAUCUUCCAAAUUUCCUACGUCUACUUUACCCUCAUCAAAAACACCGUCAGCAUCUACCAGCAAUGCUUCCCCCCUAUCAUGGCCAGCGCCUGCAUCAAAUGGGCCAAAUACCACCUCGACGGAUUCAACGCGCUCCUUACCCGCCAGCUAAGCAGCGUCCGACGCGGCACAUCCGUCUGGCAGAAGUGCAUCGAUAUCGUACACGAACAUGCCGAUCUACUGACGGAAGUCGGGAUCAAUUUCACAGAUCUCGUGGCCAAGGGAUUGGAACCGACUGAGGGAGAGAACGGAGAAACUCCAAAGAUGACACGCUCAGAGACGCUCGUCUCAGGAAUGGCGGAAGCAGCGAGGGAAUAAUCAGUAACCGCCACUCGCUUGCUUGAGAUGAAUAUUUGCAUGGUGUAGUAGUCUGUUUGAACCAUAUAUCCUUGUUGUUGGUUAUAUAGUUUUUCGUUCUGAAUCAGCGUCGUUGAUCGAAUGCUAUUGUUGCUAGAUAUCAUAUCGUCCAAACCUCAUGGUACAAACCUCCUUCCUCGCAGCUAGCCACGCCGCGCAGACACUAG